AUUUUCUUCCUGUCUAGCAGCCGAUCCAACAAUUUACAGUUGCACUACAGCAUGAUAAACAAGUACGUUUUCUAAACAUGAAAACGAAUUUGACACUGUGUGACGCCAACUGCAGUUUUGACAAAAUCAGCUGUUUAACACUUACGCUGCAAGUAAAGCUGUUGGAAUAUUAAACGGAAUUAUAAUUCCAUGAUUACAGUGUUGCCAGUGAUUGAACUCAAAAUAAAAACGAAGCAUCCAGUUUAUUGAUCACCAGCUGCAUACUUAUAUAACUGUUAAAGCCGACACAGGGUCUAGUGCCUUGAGAGUCCUGCAUACGCCAGCAGUCCAUACAUUGUCGUAGGUAAUGUCAACAUGCUGUAUUUGACUAUAAAAUAAGCUAUGGCAGGAGGAGUGAAACGGAAGGUUACAGUUCAUUGGUUUCGGCAUGGCUUGCGCUUACAUGACAACCCAGCCUUGCACGAAGCAUUGAAAGAAAGUGAAGAAUUUUAUGCAGUAUUCAUCUUCGAUGGAGAAAGCGCAGGUACAAAAAAUGUAGGUUACAACAGAAUGAGAUUUCUGAUCGAAUCCCUCAAAGAUAUUGACAGGCAGCUUAGAGCAGUUGGUGGACGAUUGUAUGUCUUUCACAACAACUCAGUCUCUGUGUUUAAAGGUUUGCAUGAAGAGCUAGGUCUUUAUAAACUUUGUUUUGAACAGGACUGUGAACCAAUUUGGCGUCCCCGAGAUAACGCUGUUAAAAAGUUUUGUGAAGAGCAUGGAAUAAUUUGUGUUGAAAAAGUCUCUCACACACUUUGGGAUCCUAAUGUUGUUAUUAAAACAAAUGGAGGUACGCCCCCAUUAACAUACCAGAUGUUCUUGCAUACAGUUGGUGUUAUUGGCCCACCUCCACGACCUGUGAACGAUAUAGACUGGACAGGUGUUACAUUUGGAAAGCUCUCUGAUUACCUUUCUACAGAAUUGAAGGUUGUCAACAGUGUUCUAACACCUGAAAAAUUUGGUGUGUUUCCUGAAAUGGGCAGUGGGGAACAAAUGAUCCGUUGGAUUGGUGGAGAGACACAAGCUCUGGAACACUUGAAAGAACGCCUGUCUCUAGAGGAGGCAGCAUUCCGAGAUGGUUACUAUCUUCCGAAUCAGUCGAAACCUGACCUCCUGGGGCCACCAACCAGUCAAAGUGCAGCACUUCGCUUUGGAUGCCUCUCUGUUCGCAAGUUUUAUUGGAGCAUUCAUGACUUGUUCCACUCUGUUUACAAUGGCAAUCUUCCUUUGAACCAAAAGAUCACUGACCAGUUAAUAAGGAGAGAGUAUUUUUACACAAUGUCAGUCAAUAAUGAGUUUUAUGGUGAAAUGGCUAACAAUCCAAUAUGCCUGAACAUUCCAUGGAAAGAUGGAUCUGAGAAGGGACAUCUAGAGAGAUGGCAAGAAGGGAAAACUGGAUAUCCUUUCAUUGAUGCUGCUAUGCGACAGCUAAAGCUGGAAGGUUGGAUUCACCAUGUGGCUCGUAAUGCUGUGGCCUGUUUUCUUACGCGUGGAGAUCUGUGGAUCAGUUGGGAGGCAGGCUUGCAACACUUUUUGAAGUACUUGUUGGAUGCUGACUGGUCAGUGUGUGCAGGCAACUGGAUGUGGGUGUCCAGUUCUGCUUUUGAACAACUUCUUGAUUGUUCACAUUGUGUUUGCCCAGUUAACUAUGGCAGGCGGUUCGAUCCUUGGGGGGAGUAUAUAAAGCGUUACAUACCUGAACUACAAAACUAUCCGGUAGAAUAUUUAUAUGAGCCGUGGAAAGCACCACUUGAGGUGCAAGAACGAGCUGGCUGUGUUAUUGGAAAGGACUACCCAGAGAGGAUUGUGGAUCAUCAAGAUGCUUCCAGAAGGAAUAAACAAUACAUGCAGCAAGUCCGAGACAUGCUGAUGAAAGCUCCUCCACAUUGUUGCCCAUCUAAUGAGGAGGAGACCAGGCAGUUCAUGUGGUUGCCAGAAAGCUGCAUGGAACAUGUACUGCAUGCUUAGUAAACUUUUACUAUAAGGAAAUGUUAAUUAAAAAUCUCCUUAGCAUCUUAAAGUACCAUUGUUCCUCUUUAGAAUUUCCUUUGUAUGUGUAUGUAGAAAUAGCUUCAGAACCAAGUGGUCAUUGCUGUAAGUUAAGUAAAGAUGCACAUUAUCUGUUCUGUCCAGUAUGAACACAUCCUUUUGUCAUUGACAGUUGAAUGCAGAGUUGUUACUGUUUAUUCAAAGUUUUUUUUGUAAUGAUUCCACAGUUUUGUCAAUAUAUAAUCAGUGGUAUUAAAUAGUUUUUAAGAUUCGUAAACACAAGAAGGCGUAAAAAAAGUAGAAAUACUGGUCAGAGAGAUAACUGGGCUGAAUCAUACUGUGUACUUAUUUUCUUGUUUUGAGUUGAACUGUUACACCAAAGUUGCUUGAAAACUAUGAUCUAGGGGAUGUCCUUGGAAAGUAGCCUUUUGUCUGGAGGAGGAUUUAAUAUAUUAUUACUAAAUGAUGUUUUUGGUCUGUAAGCCAGCUUCACAUUUAGUGGACAGCUGUAUAUGUCUUCAUUAUUAACUAACACUAAGGGUCAUUUAAUAAUUGAAGAAUAUUUCAUCAUAUAAAUGUAUUAACACUGCAAAAACAGGCUAAGCACAACUUUAUGUACUUUUAUGUGCCACUCCAUAUAAACACCCUGAACAUUCACACUUUUGCCAACACCAUGUAAGCAAUACCUUCAGAUAAUACGAACUUGCUUGGUCAUUCAAAGUACAAAAAUUGGUAGGCAUGGAUCUGUUCUUAGAAAUUCACACACAAAUCUGUACGUGCUGAACAAUGAUUAUGUGCAUUAUUCAUGAAGUCAUUUAUUCUUUUACUGCUGCAGUUCACCUUUUCCUUGUCAGUCCAAAAUGACAGUUGAUAAUACCAUUUCUGCUUAUCGUUGACAUCUGUUCACCCGUUUUUAAUCAUCAAGCACUAAUUUCUGAAAUAAAACACUUUUGUAACACCAUCGCCAUAGACAGUAACAAAUCUGCAGUAUUGUGAAAUACAAUAUCAAGUCUGCUAUACAUGCUAGUGCAUCUAACAUUUUCCAGCUGCGUAAAAGCCAAUCACAAGUAACAUUUCACAGUGGAUGGCACACUUAGCUUUACUGAGAUUUUUGCCAAGCUUGUCCCAUUUACUAUAGGAACAGACCCAUUGAAUGAAUAGCACUACACAUGGUUCUACACUUAACUUAGCAUGAAAAACAAAGGAACGGUAAAAACUUAACUGGAGCUCAAGGUCUGCGAUGAAAUACUCCUUACUUUUUGUAUUACUUUCAUAUACUUACAAGAAAUACAAACAAUAUCUCUUGUUUCUCCUCAUACAGGAUUUUGUGUUUCUUACUGUUUCCUCUCUUACUUGUAUCAUUCUUGCACAUAUUU